AUGGACACCACUACCGGCAACAGUGAAUUGAUGUCGCAUUGUUCGGAGCAACAGGCCAAAUUUUGGGACAAUAAGGAGGCAAACGUACUGGAGCAGGUCGUGAAGUCCCACGACGCACUGCUGAGGCUGCAGAAGGAGAGUUUUGUUGCUGCUUCUUUGGGCUCACCCUAUGGGCCAGCAGUAGAUCGUCUCUGGAACAGAACACGAACGCUACCGCAGCCGCUGCUGAACAUGGAGCCAAACAAGGCACUGCCGAAGGUGGAGUCUAAAUGCCGAACGAGGUGUGACAAGCAGUUAGAGAUGGCGCGGGAUGCGGGGGGGCGGAAAUCUUGGAACCUUGCGUUGCGGGUGCCUGGUAACUCCUGUGUGUACAGCGAGAUCAACCAGAGGCAGGAGGAGCAGUUGUUGCAGAAGCGCAUCGGCAAGCUCAAUUUUGCGCCAAAAGCUCCCAACAUUCGCAGGGUAGUGCAGAGAAACCAGAAGCUGCUGAUGCAACGGCACAGAAAUCUACUGCGGCUUCUGCGCGUAGAGAUUUCGAAGACUGGCCAGCUGUCUUACUGA